CGCUGCAUUGAUCGACCGACUCGCUCGUGGACUCCCACCCUCCCGAAGCAACGGCACCGCCGCAUCCACCCACGGGGUUCCGGCACCGCGACAACCGCCAUGGCACRACUCCUCCCGCACCGCCCCGGCACGACCGGGAUCUCGUCCUUCCCUCGCCGCCCCGCCACCGGUUGGCUGAUGCUCUCGCUGGCGGCGUUCGGAAGGGCGCCUUCCCUGGCCUGGGUCCCUCCCGCCGGAACGGGGCCCCCGGGCUUUGUCCCCGCGCACGGCUCGUGGCGGGGCGGCGAUGCCUGCCGCCGGCGCACCGGUGGGCUUUCUCCCGAUCGGGRGAGCACCGCGGUUCGGCGGAGCCCGCGGCGGGGAACCCCCGGGCUCUCCUCGUCGCCGCUGGGCCACCCCACAGGGAUCCGCGACCGAGACCUCCGAUCGGUCGUCGAUGCCAGCCUGGCCGGGGACUACCUGGUUCGGAUGUCCGGGUCGCCGCCGUCUCCGUCCCCCGGCGAAUCCUCCUUCGCGUGGUCCCUCUACUCGAUCAGAGACGUCGUUGCCGCGUCGUCGACGRCAGAAGGAUCGAGCGACGAAGACGCGAUCUGGACCGACGGCACGGAAGCCUCCGAGGCGCUGAACCACGGAAUGUCGCCGGCCUCGACGGAAAGCCUGUCGGGCACCGAGYCCAGCGCAGAGAUCGAGUGCUUGGUCGGCCCGGUCGGGAGCGGUGUCCUGGAAUCAAGGGUGGCAAAGCACGCCGGCAACGAGGGGGACGAMCGGGAACUGAUCACGCUCCUCCGAAUCCUUCAGGCCCAGUGGGUCGCGGGACAGAAACAACCCGAUCGAUUGGGGGAGACGCGCAAAGAACCAUCGGUGCUAACAAUCGAAGAAGGCGACCACCAACUCUGGCGAUUCUCUACCGAUGCUUUGCUGUCCCAGGAAGGAAUAUCCCRGAUCUUUCGAAAAGCCGGCCUGUUGGACGGUGAUGCURACGGCGUAGAAUGGGUUGAAAUGGUGACCGGAUCCUCUCGGAUCGUGGGACGACUGCCCCGCUCCCUGGUUCACAAGUACAAUCUGCUCCACCGUGGAAUCGGUGCGUUCGUGACCCGGGACCGACCGAUCGAUCUGUCGUCGCUCUCCUCCUCGUCGCAAGAGACGUUCCCGGACCUCUACGUACACCGCCGUGCGGCAGACAAGCGGAUCUUUCCGUCCCUCUACGACAUGUGGGUUGGGGGAGUGAGUCUCGCGGGCGAGGAUUCCCAUCUCACGGCGCAGCGGGAAAUCGCCGAGGAGCUKGGUCUGUCGGGGGCGCUGUCUGCCUCCCUCGCGGCCGGCAACGACGGAUCGCCAUUCCUGACGUGCCUCGUCUGCACGGCGUACAACCGCUGCCUGGUGGACCUCUUUCAGUACGCCAUGGACACGACCAGCGAGCGGGUCAAAUGGCAGAAAGAAGAAGUCGCCUGGGGAGAUUUCGUCGACUACGGUGUCGUCAUGGCCAGUGCCGACUUGUCCAUCCAGCGAGCCGCAUCCKCGAGAACSUGGCCCGGAUCGUAUCCACCGAUCCAGUCGGAAUUGCGAGGAAUCCUUCCGGAAGGMGAUGGCUCCACAAUUGCCAGYCACAACGAAAACUGGGACGAGUGGGACUAUGUUCCCGACGGCCUGUUGGUAUGGGAAGCAUGGCUCGAGUUCCUCGAAAAGGAGCGGGCGGGCAUCCAGCGGYCGCAGCAGCAGGACCAAACAAUCUCGUUCGAGAUAGACUUUGGCGAAAACGAGGUCGUYACGGUAGAGCUUGCAUCGAUGGAAGACAUCGUCCCCAAAUCGCAGGAAAUCGCUGCUCGGUUCAAUGCAGAUAUUGCGGAGAUUCAAACAAUGCUCAAAMAGGUAUGGGCCGAUGCCACGUUCGUCCCUCUUUACGAYGGCCCCUCGUUGCCGAUUCAAAGCGGUGACGAUCUUGCCGAGUGCAGCGUUGAAUUGCCAUCGGGUUUGGUAGUGGAGCUCAGACCGUCAACGAUAGGAGAAAAUGCCGGCUUGGGCUUGUUUGUGCGCAAGGCAUCCAYCGAUAUCGACGAUGUAUUACAAACCCAAGGGUCUGCAUUCUGUGGCUACGGAAGCUGCGGUCAAAUCACCGACUCGUUGGAUGGYACAACRCAAUAUCAACGCAAGCGGUCCUUCGAGUUUAUGUUGUCSGAUGGCCUCGAUUCCUAUGUUUGGUACGAAGGAAAUCUGCUCACCGUCCGGGACGUCAUACAAUCAACCGGUGCCRCAGGCGUAAAGGCGCACAUCCUAGCCGACAAAMAGGACGAGGAAGGGAACGGASGGUCGCAGGCACUGAUUCACGACCCGGAAAAACCUUGCUACUUGGUACCACCGGCGGAGCGUCCCGACCCRAAAUUGCUUUCAAUCCAAACCAUGGGGCACAUGUGCAAUGACUUGGCUGGUGGAAUCCAACGACAGACAGAAGAAGAAUACAAUAUCGUUGCCAAUCGCGACAAUCUACUCGUUCUUGUCCCGAGGGUGGAGGUAAACGACARCGGAAUUUUACAACCCAACGGCAUGCCGAUCCUCACACUUUGCAAGUCAGUACGGAUAUCAAAUGUCGCGGAAUCAAUGGAAGUCGGAUUGCGAUAUGGACACCAGUAUUGGAAAAAUGAGUUCUCGUGAGACAAGCAUUGCGCAACGAAAUGGUCACGAGCACAGAAGCGCUGGCGUUCCGGCAAUGCACGUGAACCGCUCCUAGUACAGCGUGUCCAACAAUGUGUACCAUGUCUGUUCAUUGCGACUGUUCUGUCGACUUGAACGGCGAAACGAAAGAUCAAGACCACAAUUGUCCCUGCGGCAAGAAUCAUGGGAUAUGCACGACUCAUAAACAAUGAGAAGACCU